AUGCUGCCAUACCUACGCGUUCAGUCGUUGCCUGCUGUUAUCAGGUUAGUGGCCUUUAGCAGAAGAGCGUUGAGCGAUGAGAAACCGAAGGCUGGUGGAUUUGCCGAGGCGUUUGAACGGUUUCUCAAACGUCGCGAACUCGAACAGGAGAAAGAAACGACGGAAAGAACUUUUUCCUCUAUUCUUCGGCAUUCUAACUUUCUGGCUCUCGGUGAUGUGAAAGGUAAACUGGUGGUUGGCGAGAUCAUAAGAGUCGUACAUGAUGAUUUGUACAUCGACUUCGGUUGCAAGUUUCAUUGUGUUUGCAAAGUACCGAAGAAAAACGGCGAGCGGUAUCGUCGUGGCACCAACGUAGUUCUACGACUUCACGACCUUGAACUUUCAACCCGCUUUCUCGGCUCGGACAUCGAUUUGACUCUGCAAGAGGCAGAUGCUACGCUGAUUGGUUUGUACCGCAAAGCUGCGCCUCAGACCCUGCAACUAUAG